GCUUGCCUUUUGAAGUAGAUUUGCUUGUAUCAGCUGCUCUUAGACAGAAAGCAUAAAUUGAUUGUGUAUGCAUCAUCCAGACAGGAAGCUGCUCUCCCCUGCUCUCUCCCCCGUUGUGCAGCCUGCUGCAGAGAGUCAUUUUCUCCAGCCUCUCCCUGUCAUCACUGCUGYACUAUCUCCGUGCCUUAUUCGCUGACCUUCCACAGGAACCAUGCAAGCUGUUGUUUCCAGGUCGUAUCUGGCUCCUGUGAAGGAUGAAGAAGCAGAAUCUCAGAGGAAAGCGAAGUCCCGCCAUGCCAGGCAAACUCGCAGGUCAACACAGGGUGUGACUCUCACAGACCUGAAAGAGGCUCAGAUGAGCUACAGCCUGUCUCAUCAAGACAGAGAGAAGGAGGAAGAAGGCACUCAAGGAAACAGGCUGUGUCUGAGAAGAGGCUUUGCAGAUGACACAGGAGAUCAGACUGGCCUGACUGAGUCCAUAGAAACGUCUGAGUUUACUCUGAAGUGGACCCAAAUAGACAAGGAGGGGAACAUUGAGAACAGGUUAGAGACUGUUGCAGAAUCUCCAAACCUGUCAAAUCUGUCUGCRUCUGGAUACCAUGGUUUCCCUCAAAGCAGURGCUUCUUCAGAGUUGGUGAAAAGACGUGGAGAGAUGAAAACCAGAAUCCAGUUGAAGAUGCAGCACAGCUCACAUCUUCUACGGAGCUCCAGCAAAGAUACCRCCGCUGUGAUGCUGAGGGCUCAGAGCAUGAAAGACUGUCGAGAUACGAUUCCACCGGCGAAAGCGCCACAGACAAACCUAUGGGCCGCACCAGUUCGUACACGAGGAGAGAGACGAGGCUGGCGGCUCUGAAUAAACAGGAGCAAGACUCCACUGCCAAAGACUAUAAGAAGAUGUACACAGAAGCUUUGCAAGAAAAUGAAAGGCUCAAGUCCAGACUUCAGGACAGCAAACAAGAGUUGGUGAAGAUUCGCUCUCAACUGGAGAGAGUUGCUCAGAGGCAGGACAGAAUGUCCGAGCGAUCCACCGUUCUUGAAACAGAGAAAAGGGAAAAACAAGCGCUGGAGAAAAGAGUCACCGACAUGGAGGAGGAAAUAAAGGUCCUAACAGAACUCAAGUCAGACAACCAGAGGCUAAAGGAUGAGAACGGAGCUCUCAUUCGAGUAAUCAGCAAACUAUCAAAGUGAAAAGAUGUCUGAAGCUUUUGUUCUCGUGCUCCAACCUUCAUUCAGCAGUUUAAUUAUUCACAAGGUUCCAUGUUUUACCUCCUCUAUGAGUUAUUGAUAGGCCACCUUUGAAGCUCUUGUAGACAUAGAUCUUGAGCAGACUCACUUCAGUUUUCUCACCUUAUAAUUAUUUUCUUAUAAUACAUAGUAUAUAUUAUUUAUAGUAGAUGGUAUGUUUCACAUCCACAAACAAGGGAACAGGUGCACUAUUUGGACUGCAGUGACUCUGAAAACUUAGAAAUGCAUUUGAACUUUUCCCAUAGUGUGUGAUAUCACACUGAUUCUUCACUUCUGUUUAUACUCUUUGCAACACAUGGUUUUAAUAAUACUUAAAUAGUCUAUAAGAUUUGAUAAUUUUACUGGAACAUACCAAUGGACUUGAGAAUACAUUCUUUAUAGUAUAUUAGAUUUUUCUCACAAAUAAGAGUGAUGCCUGAAAGAUAAAACUUUGUGGUUAUAGGUUCUGGUUGAUAUUGUUUGAUGCAUCAUCCGGAUGAAGGAAAGUUCAGUGGCCUGCAAAUGUUGAAUUUACAUUUAUAUCUUCAGCACAAAAAAAAAGAAAUCAUCUUAUGAGUCACAAAAAUAUUUUGUUUUCACCAGAAUACAUAAACACCCCUGAAUCGGAUAUGUUUAUUAAAAUCCAUAUAUAUCAUAUUGAAAAAACUAAAGACUAAGGAGGUAUUUCUGUACAUAAAGAAGAAAGACUGAUUUAAAUGUAUUUAUUAAUAAAAAUAUAUAUAUAUUUUAUUUGUACUCUGUGUUCACAUUUGAUGCUUUGGAUGAACACAUUUUUGUUUGGAGUGGGCUGCAGGAGAGGGGGUUGAUGUGAUGGCUGUCCUUGAUUGAAAUAGUAAAAAAGGAAUUUUAAAACCAUGACAUUCUAAAACUAAAAACAAAAUCAUUGCCCAAGAAAAUGUUUCUGAAUUGCCAAGCAACUGUUUAAAUUUUUAGUCUUAAACUCCAUCCCAUUUUCAUUAAAAUUGUAAUUUUUUUAUCAGAAUUGUCACAUCUUUAACUGUAAGUUACCAGAUUGUCUACAGCAGUGGUUUCAAGUUUCCAAGAGAAAUUCACAACAUCUAGACUCGGGGGAUGAGUUGGAUUGCUAUGUAACCGACCGUCACAGGAAAUAAAAAACAUUGCAAAGCUAUUUGCUUGUGUAAUAUC